AUGCAUGACCCAACAUCCAACGCAAGCCCAUCCUCCUGGGCAGAGCUCAUGGCUCUCCGCCGCCUACCCAACCCACCCAGCAGCAGAACUCGCGCCUUUGGCGGACAUGUCUACGCCCAAUCCGCAUACGCAGCCUCUCAAACCGUAGAGAAGGGGUUCGUGAUCCACAGCGUAAGCGGAACAUUCAUCCUAGGAGGCCUCCUAGACGUUCCAUACGAGUACACAGUGCGCCAUCUGCGCGACGGAAAGAUGUACUGCACGAGGUCCGUGGACGUGCGACAAGCGAACCAGAUCUGUUUCUCGUGCUUAUGUUCCUUCAAGCGGGGGGAGAAGCAGAGCGGGUUUGCGCAUCAGCCUGCACCUGUGCAGGAGCGAUAUGCGUCCAUUAUCUCUGGAAAGAGGGCGGAGGAUUACCCCGUUAGUCCGAGCGUGGAUGCAGAUUGGUGGAUUGAGGGGGUUAAGGCUGGCGAUUUGACGGAAAGGGAGUUCCCUGGGGUGGAUGUGCGAAAGGUUGAUAUGGGGACGUUCAAUCAAGGGGAGGAUGUGAAGAGUCAUCCGGAGAGGUAUCGGCAGUUGGCGAUGUAUUCGAUCAAGGGACUUCCGGUACUUGGGGAGGAGGAAAGGAGGGUGAGGGAGAGGGAGGAGGCGGGGGAGUUUGAUAAUUUGUAUGCAUGUGCGCAUAUGUAUGCUUGUGAUAGGAACUCGUUGUUGUUGAUUCCAAGGGCGUUGGGGGAGACAACGUGGUCGUCUAUGGCGAGUUUGAUGCUUACGGUUGUGUUUCAUGAGUUGGGAGAGGCAUUGCGGAUGCUUGAUUGGGGUUCUGAGGGAAAUGAGGGCGUGGGGAAGAAGUGGUUCAUACAGGAGGGGUGGACUCCUAGGUCUGCGGAGAAUCGGGCAGUUCAUGAGAGUUGGUUGUGGACUCCGGAUGGGAAGUUGUUGGCUACGAGUUAUCAGGAUAAUUUUAAACUGAAUACUCCUAAUAAUGAAACCAUAUCUACUAGGAGAAUCAUCUAG